AUGAACGAUAGGCAGUCGGCCUCAAUGCCAAAUAAAAAGCGAAAGAAAAUGGACAGUGGUCGAUCACCUGUGAAUGGCGCCGAAUUUCGGCUGCCGCAAGGAUCUCGGAACAGAAAUCCUCUUCCAGCAGAGCGUCCAUCGACGGCAACUGCAGAUAAUGCCCAACAGGCCAGUGAACUGCGCAAGGAGGUAGCAGAACUUCAGCAUCAGCUGCAAUUAAGGACACGGCUCUUGGGGAAGGAGCGUGAAGAGUUUCAGAAUAAUCUUCGAAAAAUCUAUCAGGGCUUUUAUGUUGUCAUUUGUAAGGAACGACAAGAACGCGACACAACCAAUUGGACCAGGAAAAUUGCAGGCUUGGAAGUUACCAUUGAGGAUAUGACAAAAGAAAUGCAGGGUUUAAAGAUUGAGCUUGCCACUCAAAGGGAACAAAUUCGCGUAGCUCAAGAGAACGCAUUUAAACGAUUGGAGGAGGCCCAAUGGACUCCCCUCGAAGACAGUGAUGUCCGUGCACAGCUUAAGGGCCUCGAAAGCGCCAUAAGAGUUUGGGCUCGAGACUAUUCAAAUAGAAACCUCUUCACGGAACAGUUGUCGAGUGUAGUCCUGGAAACCCUAGGUGCAGAACUACAGGGGCAGUUGCAUGGGGGCAGGCAAAUGAUCGAUACCGUCAGGGCAAUGAGUAAGAGUGCAGACAAGAUACCAUUCAUUUUAACACAGUCGAUCCUCUCGGUCUAUGUGUUUCGAUACCUGGUCGCGGAUCCCUUCCAUUUCGUUCAAGAGAUGGGACUCAACGGAGAGUGGACUGGAACACUUGGGGUGGAACUGAAUGGAUUGUAUGGCGAAUUGCAAAAUGUUGACCGCCCUCACGCCCAUUGGUGGCGCUGUCAGACUCUCCGGCUACUUGACGGACUGGAAGCAAAAAAUCAUGCAGAGUCAAAUAUUAGUGCGAUGCGGAAAUGGACAUGUGAACACAUAGCACAAAUUCUUCUCAAUACGCUUACAUCUUCAACUUGUGGUUCACUUCCUAUGGAUGAGGCUGCACGGAGGCAUGAUAAGUUAGUUUCCCUGCUGAUGACUGCGAGCGCACUGUCGACCCGCCUCUGGACGCAGCGGACCGAUGUACGCUGCACAUUUUUCCACAACAAGGAGCAAUUCUAUGUAAAAUCGCCCGACAUGCUUGCACAUCGUCUACACAAGCUCAACGUCGGCGAUACUCGUCUCGAUUGUCACGAUUUGCUUCUAACCGUACAGCCUGCGAUAACUGCACACGGAAACUCUGAUGGGGACAAUUAUCAUGAGGAAAAAGUAUGGUUAAAGGGUAUUGUCUUCAUCGAGGAGUAA